AUGGCAAAGAAGGGAGCAUCUUCGUCAAAUCCUACAGCUACAUGGAAUGCCCACAAUAUAUCUAUAUUUUGUGAUGUAUGCAUCAAGGAGGUUGAGGCCGGACAUCGUCCGGGCGCUCACUUUGACAAAGAAGGAUAUGAAAAUAUUAGAGCUAACUUCAAGGCAGAGACAGAGCAUGAUUAUGAAAGAAAGCAACUGAAAAAUAAGUGGGAUGCACUUAAAAAUGAGUGGAAGUUGUGGAAAGAGCUAGUUGGUAAAGAAACUGGCCUUGGGUGGAAUUCGAGCAAGGAUAAACAAAGAACAUGGAAAAUUGCGAAAAAGGGCAUUAGUCCUAAGAUGGAGGAAAAGUUAGAUAGGAUGUUCUCGAACACAGUUGCUAUCGGUGAACAUGUCUGGGCACCUUCAUCAGGAGUACUACCACCAGAGACAAGAGAGGAAUCCAAAGGACAUAUUGAUUUAGAUGAUGAGGAAGAAAGUGAGACUAUGCAGGAUCUAAGGCAAGCUACUAGGAAGGGAAAAAAAAGAGCGGCUAACCAAUGA